AUGUCAUAUGCAGUAACUGGUAAUAAUGCAUUAGUACCUUAUGAACCUGAUGAUGUAUCUAAUUCUUACCAAUCAUCGGCACAGAAUGGUCUUCUUGUGGUUACAUGUAGAGUGUGUCAAUCUGUAAUAGAUAUUUCUGGCAAAAGAGAUCAACAUGUUGUCAAGUGUAUGGUCUGCUUGGAAGCUACACCAAUUAGGAAAGCUCCACCUGGGAAAAAGUAUGUAAGAUGUCCUUGCAAUUGCCUGUUAAUUUGCAAGAAUUCUUCGCAGAGAAUCGCUUGCCCGAGAGCUAAUUGUAAAAGAGUUAUUACUUUGGUACAAAGCCCUCUUACGCCACCGGCUCACACCAUGCCUGGAAUGGUUAGAGUACUUUGCGCCCAUUGUGGAGAUACAUUCCUUUUUAAUGUAAUAAACAAUUCAUUGGCAAGAUGUCCUCAUUGUCGAAAAGUUUCCUCUGUCGUGUUUAUCACCCACAGACAAUGCUAA